AUGCGGUAUCCUAUCAUCUUUGCCCUUCUGUGGUGGCAGAAGCUUGCCGUGGGCUUGCCUAGUGCCGGUCGUGCUGCUGCUGUUGUUGUUGAUAUCCCAUCAGCAACGUGCCGGAAUCCCGUCUUACCUUUUGACUACUCGGCCAAGACCAGGCGGGAUUAUGAGCUUCCGCUGUGCCGGGACGGCAACGACGGCCAUCCCGGCCUCACCGCCGUCUCCGCGCCAUUUCUCCUGGGCGGCCGCGCCGUGGUCGAUGACUACACGUGCGGGCCGGACCGGCCUUGCGCCAACAAGGCUUGCUGCCCCAAGGAGACGGGGCAAUGCAACUACGGCGAGGAGGCGUGCGGCACGUCGGGCAUCUCGCCCAACGAGGUGUGCUGGUCCAACUGCGACGCCAAGUCCGAGUGCGGUGUCAACGCCAAAGUGCCCGGCCAGAAGUGCCCUCUCAACGUCUGCUGCGGAAAAUGGGGCUUCUGCGGCAUGACGGACGACUACUGCGAUGCCGAGGACCACGGCGCCACUGGCGGCUGCCAGUCCAACUGCGACCAGCCCGGUCCCAAGAACAAGGCCGACUCCCAGGACCGCAUCAUCGGCUACUACGAGGCCUGGCGCGCCGACAGCGCGUGCCAGGGCAUGGGGCUCAAGGACAUCCCCGUCAGCUCGCUCACCCAUCUCUACUUCUCCUUCGCCUCCAUCACGCCCGACACGUAUGGCAUCGCGCCCAUGGACGGCAUCCCCGGGUCCCUGUUCUCUGAGUUCACCAACCUCAAGAAGAACAACCCGGCCUUGAAGACCGUCAUUGCUAUUGGUGGUUGGACCUUCAACGACCCGGGCCCGACUCAGAAGGUGUUCAGCGACAUGGUGAGCUCGGCACGCACUCGCGAGACCUUCAUCGACAACCUGUUCAGCUUCCUGAGGGAGUAUGCCUUCGACGGCGUCGACUUCGACUGGGAAUAUCCCGGCGCUGAUGACCGCGGCGGCAUCGACACCGAUGGUGCCAACUUUGUCACGUUUCUCAAGGAGCUCGAUGACGCCAACAAGAAGCAGCCCGUCAAAUACGUCGUCUCCUUCACGGCGCCCACCUCAUACUGGUACCUGCGCCACUUCGACCUCAAGGCCGUCGACCACGUCGACUUUGUGAACGUCAUGUCCUAUGACCUGCACGGCGUCUGGGACGGCAAGAACCCUAUCGGCCAGCACAUCUACGGGCAUACUAACCUCACCGAGAUGGAGCAGGCCUUCGACCUCUUCUGGCGCAACGACGUCCCCGCUAAUAAGCUCAACAUGGGCCUUGGCUUCUACGGCCGCGCCUUCCAAUUGCAGGAUUCCUCGUGUAGUAAGCCGGGUUGCGGCUUUAAGGGCGGCGCUACUAAGGGCGGCUGUAGCGGGGAGUCGGGAAUUUUGAGCUAUCGCGAGAUCAUGGCCGUGAUCGACUCCAAGAAGAUCAAGCCCGUACAUGAUAAGAAGGCUGGCGUUAAGUAUAUUACGUGGAACACGGACCAGUGGGUAUCGUAUGACGAUGCUGAUACCUUCGACCAGAAGAAGGGAAUGGCUAAGGACCUAGGGCUGGGUGGCUACCUCAUCUGGGCUAUCGACCAGGAUGACGAGCAUCUGACCGCGCUGCAAGCCGUCAUCUCGCCUAAGAAGCUCGGUGAUCUGGGCGCAGCCGACGACUCUGAUGACUGGCAAUCUUCCAACAAGCACUGCUACAUCACGUCCUGCGGUGGUAAUUGCGACGCCGGCGAUGUCAAAAUCACCGACCAACCUUGCGACAAGGGUCGCAGUAAGCUCUGCUGCCCGCUGUCUGGCGCCCCGGACCCCAAGGAAUGCACAUGGCGCGGCGGCGAGACCACCCGCUGGUGCAACGGCCGCUGCAACGACGACGAGGUCAUGAUGGAGAUGAACAAAUGGGGCGACGGCGACAGCUGCUGGGAUGGCAACAAGGCCUACUGCUGUAAGAGCCCGCUCGCCGAGGAGAACAGCUGCUACUGGGGUGGUGUAGGUGCCGCCUGUAAUGGAGACGAUCUGCCGUUGACUUUUUCUGGCACCGUCCUGACCGUCUUGGAAGACGUAGCCAAGGUCAUCCUCCGUGUCGUUGGACGUGCGUAUCCCCUCACGGCCCUGACGGGAGAAGUACUUCUCCAGGUACUUGAUGCCCUCGACCUCGACACGGACAAGUACUACUGCUGCCCUAAGGAAGACAUUCCCAAGUGGAAGAACUGCGAAUGGUUCGGCAAGCCUGGAAACUGCUUCGACGGACACUGCCCGGAUAUGACCUACGCCCAGCUGACCGACAGCUACUUUGGCGGCGGCGAGACAUGCGGUGGCCAGCUAUCCCGCGUGCGUACCUUUUGCUGCGAGCCGAGCGAGGACCCCCUAUUUCUUCCCGUGCCCCUGGGAAAUCUCUUCGAGCAUCCGCCCGACGGUGAUAGUGUUGAUACCGACUUCACCCUCGAGACGGACAAGGACUCCGACUCUCAGCAGAACCCCAACGACGCGGCCUUCCAGUUCGUCGUGCUUGCCUCGCCCGAAGAGCUGCAGGUCUCUCUCGACAAGCGCGACGGCUCCCACUGGGACAUCUUCUCUGGCUGCGGAGGAGUCGUCGGCGAAGAAGGGCCUCACACGGUUCAGAUGGUGUGCACCGACUUUUCCGCGGACAGCAACUGUCACAAGAUCGGGCUCGGCCACGGCGUGCCCGGCACCAUCCUACAAAUGCCUAAUGGGUGUGGUCCCGGGAAGUACGCCGUUGCAAAGGACAUGGUCCCGACCCCUGAGACGAAGAAGCUCAUUCUUCCUCGCCACCUCAAGCACCUCUCCGCGCGCUCGCCCAUCGUCUACGACUUGACGUUUGACUACGACUUCACCCGCGUGCCUCGCGACCUUGGAGAUACACAGAUGCGCGUCGACUUCAGCAACCAGGAUGACUACUGGAACACGGUCGUCGCCGGGGCCGCCACGAGCAAGAAGAAGGUCAAGCGCACCCUCGCCGACACCGGAGGCAACCACGUCCGCUGGAUGGAGGAAGAAUUCCGCGAUGACUACCAUUUCGGCGCCCUGUCGCGCCGCGAACUCGAGGAGCGCUGGUUCGGCUCAGGCAUCCUCGACUGGCUUGCCCAGCUCGUCAAGCCGGAAAUCAAGCGCGAGUUCACUUAUAGGUACGAGGACACCCUGACUGCCAAACUCAUCGACGAGACCUGGCAAUGCACUCGCGAGGGCGUCGGCUACGAGGGCCAUCUCCUGGCCCAGGCCCUCCUGAAAGUGAACAUCGAGACCAGCUUCGGUUUCACUCUGAUCGUCACGAAGCUGUCGCUCCCGCUCGACCUUUCCCAAAGCUAUUUGACCUUCUACAAUAAGGGCGAGAUCACCGGCGUCCUAACCCUCGAAGCCGUCGCCAAAUUCAAAUACCAUGAGUCGGAGGUUAUCAUGAACAUCCCUUUCCCGGGCGCCUCCUUCAAUAUCCCAGGAAUUGCGGUCAUCGGCCCGCAGCUGACGGUCGAGGGCAGCAUCGACGCUCAGCUCACCCUGGCAGGCAAGGUGGAAACCCGCCUCGAGUUCGCUAACUGGGAGGUCCGCCAGGUCGUCCCGGACAAUGGUGAUAGCAACUACACGCCCAAGGAGAUCGGCGACGGCGACCCGGACCUCAAGCGCAACGGCGACACCAAGGACCUGGACAAUCCCAACUUCUACGCCGGCGUCCAGGCCCUCGGCGACGUGACGGCUUCGAUCUCGGCCGCGGCAGAGUUCGGCGUCCGCUUCGACAAGCGCUGGGAGGUCGAACCGGCCGCUGCGGCCGUGGUGGGUGAGGCCAGUGUGAUCAUCAAGAUGGGCGCCGGCAUCUCCACCAAGGACACCUGCCCCUUCACCUGGGGGCUCGACGUCGGCGCGCGCCUUUUUGCGCGGGCAAAGGCGCCCGCUGUGUUCCGGUGGCCUGGAGCCGAGGUGCCCAUCACGCCCGCGUACAAGAAGCCCAUCUUCGAGGGUGGCACUUGUCCGGAGCUGGGUCCCCUCCCUACCAAACGUGACCUUGAAUACCUUCCUACCAUUGGCAGCAACUUUAGCCGCAGCCUUGAUCACCUUCACAACCACAACAGCCGUGGUCUCGUUCACAUCCGCAACAGUCGUAACCUAGACAAGCGAGCGGCCGUCUGGGGCCCCGUCCUCAGCGUGCCCGUGGGAGACUACUUCUGCCCGCCCGAGUCUGAUGACAGUGCCGGCCCGGGAACGGUCUGCUCCAAGAUCGGAUACGCCUGGACCGUGGACGACGGCGACGGCAACGCGCUUGCGAAGAGAGGCGUCCUCGAAAAGCGCGGCACCAAGACGAGCUCCCUCUGCGGACUCGGCACCCGCUUCCAAUACCCAUCAGACACGGAGGCCAAAGAUAUGGGCAACCCGGCCUACGGAUUCACCACCACCGACUGCGACGACUACACAUGGGGUGGUCCCCUGAGUGCCGACACUCCCAACUCCAACUACGAAGCCGAGCACAUUCUCGAGUUCCAACUCACUAAACAGUUCUUCCAGGAGCUCGACCAGACUCUCGACGUCGUCCCUCACCCCGACCCCAACAAACAGACGACACUCAAGUUCUGCGGCCUUGUCGAUCAGCUGUGGAACAUCCCGGCCGUCCCGAUCCCGAACCUCGAUACCGCCUCCGGGAUGGGCGCCACCCUCACCCCGGCCAACCACGUCGCCAACCAGUUUCCGACCAAGACGUGGAAGCAGGAGGAGUACGUCCGGCUCGACAACACCAUCAACUCGCCGCCAAAGGCGAGCGCUUGGGCCGGCCUGUCCAAAACGUUCAAGCAGAUCCAAAUCGUCGACUUCAACAAAUGGAUCGGCGGCGACCCCAAUGACCCCGGCAGCGUCGUCAACACGGACCAACCCAACUACACGGGCCUCAUCACCGAGAUCGACGGCGCGGAGAAGAUCAUAAAGUCCCUUCGCGCCAUCGUCGGCUCGCGCCUGUACCACAGCGACCCGCUCGUCAUGUCUAUCUUGCGGAAGCAGAAGGCGCGCGUAGGUGAGGUGCUGCGGCGCCUCGAUACGGAGAUCCUGCCGGCAAACCCAAAGCAGCCGACCUGGACGCCCUGGGCGCCACUGGGGCUCAAGGAGCGGUGGGACGAGUUCAUGAAGGGCAAGGAGCUGCUAGCGGUGACCAAGUCGAACAAGGUGCUGAAUGAUAUAUUGCCACGGAUGCAGGCCAUGUGGGCGGACCAGGCUGCGAGGGACGCGGCGGCGGCUGAUGAUAAUGAUUCACAGACCGAGGCUGAGGCGAAGGCGAGGAGGCUGAGGCUUAUCAAUAGUAUUGAUGCAUUGGCGGAUGUUUUGAGAGUAUUGCCGGCGUGGCAGAUGGCGUUCUGA